AUGGACAUUUCCAACCGGAUUUCAGGUAUUCAGGCGUUGAUAGACCGCUUGAAUGCAAGUCUUACUUUGAGGAACAUCGAUGAAGUCAAUAGCGAGUUAAAGAGGGCCCAGAUUGAGCUUGGAAACUCAUCUCUUGUAGAUGUUGUAGGAAUUUCCGAAUUUUUGACGGAAAGUAAAGAAGUUUUGAUGAUGCAAGAACGGCUGCCGCAUCUGGAUUAUGAUUUGCUGAUCGACGUUGUUGGCAGAAUGAUAUCAUUGAUGCCUUUUGAUCAGUUGAUGGGACAAUUUUCGCCACAAGAUUUGAGUUUAAGCAUCGAGAGUGGCAUUCCUGCACUUGCUAAACUUGCAUGCAAGGUUUUACAGCGGUCGGAGCCUAAGGGACUCUUUGCGGGAUUGGGUCUCUUGGAUUUGAUCCUGUUCUUGCUCUUUGACCCUACAACAGACACAGGAACUGUAACAGAAAUUGAAAAUGUGUUCAAGGCACUGAGUUGUGACAGUUUGGUGCGCAGACGAAUUUUGAGUCACAAUGGCAAGUUUUUGAUUGGUGUCAAAACGGAACUUGAUCCUGUUUUAUUGGCAAGAUUGGUGGAUCUGCUGAGUUCAAUGACUCCCUUUGUCGACUGCAGUGAACUCAACGAAAAGUUGUUUCUGUUCAGUGAGCAGGAGAUCAUCAAAAGCAUUGACAUUGACAUAUUUUUGUUCAUUUCUAUUACCAACUACUAUACGGAUCUGUUGUACUCUUGUGGACCAAAGCUACAAUACGACCGCUCUUGUGCUUGGCUUGUAGCACAUGUCUUAGACGUGGCGAUACCGGUCUACGGGAAACUGUACGCCAAUGCAGAAGACGAUUCAAUUGUGCGUCUAUAUGCAGAGCGCUAUAUCUUCCGUCUUUUUGCACAAAUAUCCAUGCUUGAUGACCAAAAACAUUUCAAGCGGCUCGACCAACAAUAUCUGAAGCUUACGGACUCAAACCCCGAUUUCCCGGAAUUUCGAAAAUUCAUCAACCCGUUCUACCUAAUAUCUGAAAAGAAAAACCCAGUUCUUGACCAUCUUCGAGUUGAUCCGUCCCACUUGGCAGAACUCAGAAACUUAAUAUCCAACGAGUGCUCUUUUGAUGAAAUAAAAAAGGUCUUGGUGCCAGAUCGAAUCUUGAGUUUGCCCUAUUACGAACGAAUGAUUUUGUUGGAAAAACUCACCAGCUAUGAAUACUCAAGUCUGUUCCUCGUCAACAACCUUUCAAAAGUCAUGUCAGAUCUGUUGGAUGACAAAGAUGGAAGCAUCACAGAAACUGAAAUAGUGGAACUAAGAAGGAAGAUUUUUGAAAAUCUACUGAACCUGAGUGACGAGUCACUAAAUGUUUGGAAAACUCCAGUAUUGAAUUCAUAUCGAGCCAUUAUAACGGGGGCUAGGAAUGCCGGAGGGGCUGCGCAGGUAGCAGACAUUUAUAUAUAG